UUGAUCUAUUCAUCUAUUGUAAAAGUACUAUCUAGGUUAAUUUUUGCUAUUUGCGCUUAUUUUACCUUAUCUAUCCUUAUAACGGUUGCACCAAAAUCUCUCAACAGCAUUCCACAAAAUGGUCCUGGUGCUAAACCAGAGAAUUCGAUCACUUUCAACCCUUUCAAAGGCAUCUUGCCCAGCUUACUAUAAUUUACUAUUAUUAAUGCACAAUGUUUUGGUUUGGACCUGCUUAUAUUGAUUUAGGUUGAAAGGUCAAGGCGAUAUUUACGACUUUCGUCAAUAUUUAUCAAAUUGUACGUUUUUCUGAUUGUUCACUGUUCACUCAAUCUUAUGGUAAAAAGAGGAAUUUUUACACCUUAAGUAUCCGUUUAUAGCGUGCAAAGUUCAAUAGGUGGUACCGAUAGCCGAUAACAUAGAUUCAGUCAGCUCUGUGGCUCCAACAUCAAGAAUAUGAGCUUUUUUCAUAAACUGGCUUUUGUAACAGGUGGUGGUUCCGGCAUAGGAAGAGCGACCGCCAAAAUUUUAGCAAGAGAGGGCGCCUCCGUUGUAGUUGCCGAUAAAAACACGGACAACAUACUAGAUACCUUGAAAUCGAUCCCAAAACAUGCAGACCAAGAACAUCUUGGAGUAGAAAUAGAGGUUUCAGAAUUGAAUAGUGUUAAAGACUGUUUGAAAAAAGUUUUGGACAAAUAUAGGCAGCCGCCCACUAUUAUAGUAAAUUCAGCAGGGAUUACUAGAGACAAUUUUCUUUUGAAACUUUCUGAGCAGGAUUUUGAUGAAGUACUCGACGUGAACUUAAAAGGUACCUUUUUAGUGAUUCAGACGUUCGCCAAUUCUAUUCUUGCUCAUAACUUACCAUGUGCUUCAAUAAUAAAUAUAGCAAGCAUUGUGGGAAAAUAUGGUAACUUGGGACAAGCAAAUUAUUGUGCCAGUAAAGCAGGUGUUGAGCUUUUAACCAAAACUGCCGCAAAAGAACUUGGUAAAAUGAAUAUAAGGGUAAACUGUAUUUUGCCUGGCAUGAUUUCUACACCAAUGUUGGAAGCUGUCCCAGAUAAGGUCAAAGAAAAGUUUACAAAAAUGAUAGCCAUGUGCAGAUUUGGAAAACCAGAAGAGGUUGGUGAAGUGAUUGCAUUUUUGGCCAGUGAAAAAAGUUCUUACAUAAAUGGGGCAUCAAUUGAGGUGACAGGAGGAUUUUAAAAACAAAUAUAAUUGUGGAUGUAAUAAAUAUUCUACAUUGUUUUCACUUUUUCUUUUUUAAUCUUUUAGCUUGCCUCCAUGCUUUAUAAUGUGUCUUUUGUUUUUCUUCAAUAAUCUCCUUAUACUUCCUUUUGUUGUAUUUGUGGAAUUCUGCAUCUGCCAAUAGUUCAUCUACUAGGGUCUUCUUGCGUUCUUUCUUUGUU